GAGGGGGCGCGGCCGAGGCGGUGACCUCUGACCCGCGCGCACGUGGUGCGGCGGCGGCGGCGGCGGGGCCAUGGCGCAGGCCAGCAGAGCUCCCAGGAGGAGCAGAACCUUGGAGGAUGAUUCCUCACUGGAGGAAAACAAGGCUCUGCUUGCGCAGAAUGAGUAUGAAGAGGACAGCUCCGAUGAAGAGGACAUCCGCAACACGGUGGGCAACAUCCCCAUGGAGUGGUACCAGGACUUCCCACACAUCGGCUACGACCUGGAGGGCAAGAAGAUCUACAAACCCAUCCGGAACAAGGACGAGCUGGACAUGUUCUUGGAGAAGAUGGAGAACCCCGACUACUGGAGAACGGUGCAGGACAAGAUGACGGGUGCAGACAUAAAGCUGACAGACGAGCAGAUUGACCUGGUGCAUCGGCUCCAGAAAGGGCAGUUUGGGGAUGUCCACUUCAACCCCUACGAGCCCGCCGUUGAUUUCUUCACCCACGAGGUCAUGAUCCACCCGGUGACCAAUCGCCCUGCGGACAAGAGGAGCUUCAUCCCCUCCCUCAUCGAGAAGGAGAAGGUCUCCAAGCUAGUCCAUGCCAUCAAGAUGGGCUGGAUCAAGCCUCGGAAGCCCAAGGAUGACACACCAACAUACUACGACCUGUGGGCUCAUGAGGAUCCCAACUCCAUCCUGGGCCGCCACAAGAUGCACGUCCCAGCUCCCAAGAUGAAGCUGCCUGGGCAUGAGGAGUCCUACAACCCCCCUCCCGAGUACCUGCUCAGCGAGGAGGAGAGGCUGGCGUGGGAGCAGCAGGAGCCGGCGCAGCGGAGGCUGAGCUUCGUGCCGCAGCAGCACCGCAGCCUGCGGGCAGUGCCCGCCUUCCCCCGCUUCAUCCACGAGCGCUUCGAGCGCUGCCUCGACCUCUACCUCUGCCCGCGCCAGAGGAAGAUGAGGGUCAACGUGGAUCCAGAGGAUCUCAUCCCCAAGCUGCCAAAACCACGGGAUCUGCAGCCCUUCCCGACCACCCAGGCCCUGGUCUACCGUGGCCACACGAGCCUGGUGCGGUGCCUCAGCAUCAGUCCCAGUGGGCAGUGGCUGGUGUCAGGCUCUGACGACGGCUCCGUGCGGUUCUGGGAGGUGAGCACCGCUCGGUGCAUGAAGACCCUGCCCGUUGGAGGGGUGGUGAAGAGCGUCGCCUGGAACCCCAACCCCACCAUCUGCCUGGUGGCCAUCUGCGUGGAGCAGUCGGUGCUGCUGGUGAACCCCUGCCUUGGGGACAAGCUGCUCUAUGGGGCCACUGACCAGCUCCUCGAGUCCUUCGUGCCACCAGAGGAGGAGCGGGUCCAGCCUGUCCAGUGGGUGCCGGCUACCAUGGAGGAGCACAGCAAAGGCAUCCGGCUGGUUGUCCAGCACAGCAAGGCGGUGAAGCAGGUCACCUGGCACGGCAAAGGGGACUACUUCGCCAGCGUCGUGUCCGACAACAGCAACAUGCAGGUGCUGAUCCACCAGAGCAGCAAGCGCUGGAGCCAGAACCCCUUCCGCCGGAGCAAGGGGCUGGUGCAGUGCGUCCUCUUCCACCCCAUCCGGCCCUACUUCUUCGUGGCCACCCAGCGCUACGUCCGGGUCUACAACCUCCUCAAGCAGGAGCUCACCAAGAAGCUGAUGACCAACUGCAAGUGGGUGUCCAGCAUGGCCAUCCACCCUGGAGGUGACAACAUCAUCUGUGGGAGCUACGACAGCAAACUGGCCUGGUUCGACCUGGACCUCUCCACCAGACCCUACCAGCUGCUGAGGCACCACAAGAGAGCCCUGCGGAGCGUGGCCUUCCACAAGCACUACCCGCUCUUCGCCUCGGGCUCGGACGACGGCUCCGUCAUCGUUUGCCAUGGGAUGGUCUACAACGACCUCCUGCAGAACCCGCUGCUGGUGCCCGUGAAGGUGCUCAAGGGCCACGUGCUGACGCUGGACCUGGGUGUCCUCGACGUGCUCUUCCACCCCACCCAGCCCUGGGUCUUCUCCUCCGGCGCCGAUGGCACCAUCCGGCUCUACACGUAGCUGCUGCCCGGCCCCAGCUUAUCUCAACCCGAUUCCAGCAUCCUGGAAGCACCGGGAGCGCCGCACGCUGCUGGGAACAUCAGUCCCGCUCCUGCACCUUCGCCAUUAAAAUCUUUGGAUACAUCCC